CACAAAGGUUACAAAUUAAAGUUCCCUAUCAAUAUACAAACCCUCCUUCUUUCUCAAAAACCUUUCAUCUCUCUCUCUCUCUUUCCCUCUCUCUCUCAACUUUAAUUACAAACACCAAAAAUUCCCAUAUUCCUUAGAAGAAGAAAAAUAAGUUUAAUGCAUAUAUUAUAUAUAUAUAUAUAUAUAUAUAUACAUACUUAUCUCAAAUCCAUUAUUAUUUUCCCAUCAGAAUUUCACAUUCUGUUGUUCAUCUUGUUCAUCAUCUUCCCCAUAUAAAUUUGUAGAGCUCAAACUUAAACACAAAUGAUGGCUGGAAACCCUAAUUGGUGGGCUAUGUUUCCACCUUCUUCUUUCAGUUCUUUUGCUGAUCAUCAACCUCAAUCUUGGAGCCAACUUCUCUUAGGAGAUGAAGAUAGGGUUUUGAACCAAACCCAAAUGAGUCAUUAUCAACCAAAAAAGUUGGAGAAUUGGGAAGACCAAAUCUUGAACAAUAAUAUUACUUCUUCUUCGCAGUUUGAAGCCUCUACUUUUGUUGAUAAUAUUAUUGUCAAGCAGCAACAACUUCAUUCCAACAAUAAUAUUCUUCACCCUAAUACUAUCAUUUCUUCUCAUCAUACCAACAAAUUUCUUGACUUUUCUUCCAAUACUAACAACAACAACCAAGAUCACAACACCAACCACCUCGCUCUCCGUCCUGCCGCUCCCGAUCCCGACCACUUGUCCGAGUCGUCGAAAAACCAGUCCAUCGGUUCUACCGGCGGAGCGUGCAAGAAGGCUAGGGUUCAUCCACCAUCUUCCAGCCAACCACCUCUUAAAGUGAGGAAGGAGAAGCUCGUAGAUCGAAUUACUGCUCUUCAUCAAAUAGUUUCCCCAUUUGGAAAGACUGAUACAGCCUCUGUAUUGUCAGAAGCAAUUGGAUAUAUCAGAUUUCUUCAAGGACAAAUUGAGGCACUUAGUUACCCUUACUUACAAAGUGCUCCAAAAGAUCUAAGGAAUUCACAACCUAUGGGAGGAGAAGAGAUGAUGAAAAAUGAAGAUGAGAAGAGAUUAAUGAAGGAUUUAAGGAGUAAAGGGCUGUGCUUGGUGCCACUGUCAUGCACACAUCUUGUUGGAGCUGAUCAUACUAAUCAUAAUAAUAUCAAUAAUAAUAAUCAUCAUCAUAAUAAUAUUGCACUUCCUUAUUGGUCUCCUUUUUAAUAUCAUCAUCACUUUAUAAUAAUUUCCAUUAUUAAUUAAUAUAUAACAUCAUGACCAGUCACCCCUUCCUCUCAAAACCCUAAAUUUGGGCUGACUGCUCAAGAUGCUAUAUCUCUCUCUCUUUAUAUAUAUACUCGUAUUAGGAUUUAAAGUAUUAAUCUUGAAUGUUUUUAAUGAAGUUUUUUUUUUUUUUUUACUUUCUUUCCUUCUCUUGAUCUUAAUUAAUAAAUGUAGAUUAUUAUUGUUGCAUGUUAUUAAAUUAAAGCCUAAUUAAUUUGGGCUUGGGUUUCCUUUGUUGAACACUUUUGAGUUGUAACCCACUCUGUGUUGUGUUGUUGUGUAGGGCAAAAUUAAGUUUAUAAUUUUGCUUUUCUUUCU